AUGAAUCGAACCUACGUCACAAAUCAAGUUUCGGAGAUACAGACCACUCUUCCAUCAGCAAUCUGGCAUUAUGUUCCGGCUAAAGACAAUCCAGCUGAUUGUGCUUCGCGUAGAGUUUCUGCUCUCGGAUUCUCAUCUUUCUCCCUCUAUUGGAAUGGGCCAAAAUGGCUGCCUAAUUCGGAUGACCGGCCAUCUAGUCCAUUUGAACCUCCAGACAGCUCAGUGGACAUGGAGGAACGAGUGAAGGUCAAUCUUGUUGUUUUUAAGAAAAACCACUGGUACUUGUUUCACCCAUAUUCAUCAUUGGGCCGUCUUCUUCGAAUCACCGCUUUAUGCUUUCGAUUCUACAACGCCAUGACACAUAUUUCCAAGAUAACAUCACCUUACACCACUGCUUCCGAACUUCAUCAAGCUCAUCUGAGCUUGAUUCGACAUGAACAGCAUCGUGCAUUCCCAGAGGAGAUCGCAGUCUCGAAGGAAAAGGAUGAUGUCUCAAAGCGGAGUCGUCUUUUAAAGUUCAAUCCAUUUGGGGAUGGUGAACUUCUACGAGUUGGGGGACGUUUAAAGCAUUAUCUACUUUCAUUUAAUGAGAAACAUCCAUUGCUUUUACCAUCGGAUUGCAUUUUGACAAAGAUUGUGAUAGAAGAUUGUCAUCGUCGUUGUCUUCACGUUGCCCACAAUCACGAAAACCUGCCUCCUACCAAGUGGGCCCUGGGACGAGUCAUCAAACUUCAUCAUGGAAGAGAUGGUUUAAUCAGAGUUGUCAAGUUGAAGACGCAACGCGGCACAGUCACCCGACCACUUCUUAAGUUUUGUCUACUUCCACGAGCGACUAGUGAUCCAAAGGAAGUCACAAGUGAAAUAGUGUAA